AUGUAUGUCACUGAAUUUCAAAAGCGAGGAUUGCCGCAUGUGCAUAUGUUGUUGGUCUUAGAAAUUAACGAUAAGUUGCGUGACCCAAAAGAUUAUGAUAGUAUGGUAAGCGCAAAAAUACCUAAAUUAGAAUGUGAACCACAGUUGCAUGAAGCUGUUGUAAGACAUAUGAUCCACGGACCUUGCGGCAUAAUCAACCGAAAGUCUCCAUGUAUGAAAGACGGACAUUAUAAAAAAAGGUAUCCCAAACAAUUCUUGGAUGAAACACGUCAAGGCACUGACUCAUAUCCCGAGUAUAGGAAAAGGUUUGAUGAGUCUGUAUCGUUAGGUAAAGAUAGGUCUGUCGAUAAUAGAUGGGUGGUUCCUUAUAACCCUUGGUUACUGUUAAAGUAUGACUGUCACAUCAAUAUAGAGAUUUGCAGUAGCAUUAAAAGUAUCAAGUAUCUAUACAAAUAUGUGUACAAGGGCCCUGAUCGUGUGGCUAUGGAGGUUCAUACAGGAUCAUACAUGGAUGAAGUUUAG